AUGUACGAUCUUUUAAAACGUAAAAAAAUUCCUUCGGCUUUUGAUAAAAAUGAUUCAAUAAUUCGUUAUAGCGAACCUAACCACAAUUCAUCAAUUUAUGAUGGUACUUAUGCAUGCCAUGAUUCAGUUAGUUGCGGAAUAAAAUAUGGAAAAAGUACUUAUAACCUUUCCACUGAUCAACAAUUUAAUCAAUUUAAUGAGGUUUUCUUAAGUACAUUAUAUACAGAAAGUUACUUUAGAGGUUCUUUAUUGUUAGGUUAUACUAUAAAAAAGCAUCAUCCAAACCAUGCAAUGUAUUUAUUAUAUUUCCCUAAUCAGAUAUCUGCCUCUUUAAUAUGUCAACUUGAGGCCGUUGGCUGGAUAAUGAAAGAAGUAGAACGAAUACCUGUACCAUGGAAUGGAUAUUUGUACGGUAACUUUGGUGAUCAAUUUACCAAGCUACAAAUUUGGUCAUUAACUGAGUUCGAUUCAAUAAUUUAUAUCGAUUCGGACGCAAUUGUCCUUCAAAGAAUAGAUAAUUUAUUUGAAAUGGUUAAUUUACGUACAAAAUUCGAAUUCGCAGCUGCACCUGAUGUUUUUGGUCAGCAAAUACUUACAAAAUUUAAUGCAGAGAAGUGGAACUCAAUAAAAUGGAUUGUCAGUGAUAUAAAAUGGUAG